UUGUGCCCCGAGAUUUGUGCGAAUCCCAUAUUCCCUACGUCAGUUGGUGGCAUGAGAAGGGUGUCCCUGUGCAGUCCCGCCAUCCAGAGAUUACACAGCUGCAGACUGCACGCCAAUCAGAGCGCGAGCGAAACGCGCGCAUGCAGCAUCCCGUCUCCACGCUUAAAGUGAAGCUAACAGUCUAUCCUUGACUGUAAACCAGUCGUAACAAAUAUUUUAAUCUUCAAUGCACAUCAUAACGUCUGCGUGUCCUGGAAGGAUAGUAUAUUACUAUGCCCAAACCAUUGCAAAUAUGGAUUAAUCGGGUUGCGCCGCUUUUUGAAGGACUUUUAAUGUUACUACAUGAUGACUUGUUUUCCAAAAUUGGCGUUUUUACUUUUCUACCUAAUUAUUGUGGGAGAAUGCAGCAAGCACAGAAGUAGUAGACGGAGAAGGUGGACUGGAGCCGUGGAAACUCAUAAGCAUGGCGCGCUUCUGUCAAAAAAAUUGGUUGAUGCAACCAAGACCCGCAAAGUCAAAACGGACCACCUACUUCGAGUGGACGACCAUGACUUUACCAUGAGACCAGCUUUUGCAGGUCCUGCUGUCCCUGUAGGGGUUGAUGUGCAGGUGGAGAGUUUGGACAGUAUUUCAGAAGUAGACAUGGAUUUCACCAUGACACUUUACCUACGGCACUAUUGGAAGGAUGAGCGCCUGUCCUUCCCCAGCACAACAAACAAGAGCAUGACCUUUGAUGGCCGGCUAGUGAAGAAAAUUUGGGUGCCAGAUGUGUUCUUUGUCCAUUCCAAGAGAUCCUUCAUCCACGACACUACCACCGACAAUAUUAUGCUGAGAGUUUACCCCGAUGGCCAUGUCCUCUACAGCCUGAGGGUGACAGUAACUGCUGCGUGUAACAUGGACUUCAGUCGGUUCCCUCUGGAUUCCCAGACAUGCACUCUAGAGCUUGAGAGCUAUGCCUACACAGAUGAAGACCUCAUGCUUUACUGGAAGAGUGGGAACGACUCUCUGAGCACAGAUGACAAGAUCUCACUGUCUCAAUUUCUAAUCCAGCAGUUCCACACCACCUCCAGGCUUGCCUUCUACAGCAGCACAGGCUGGUACAAUCGACUGUACAUCAACUUCACCUUGCGUCGCCACAUCUUCUUCUUCCUGCUCCAGACGUACUUCCCUGCUACCCUAAUGGUCAUGCUGUCCUGGGUGUCCUUCUGGAUUGACAGACGUGCAGUCCCUGCCAGAGUGUCUUUAGGGAUCACCACAGUGCUCACUAUGUCCACCAUCAUCACGGGAGUGAAUGCAUCAAUGCCUCGGGUCUCCUACAUCAAAGCUGUGGACAUUUACCUGUGGGUCAGCUUUGUGUUUGUAUUUCUCUCUGUUCUGGAGUAUGCUGCCGUCAACUACCUGACUACUGUGAAGGAUGGAAAAGACCGGAAGCUAAGAGAGAAGGCCAAGGAGCAGGCCCUACCAUGUAGCUGUGGCAUGUCCCACACCAGGACCAUGAUGCUGGAUGGGACCUAUAGCGAGGCUGACACCAACAGCCUAGCAGGCUACACCAGAGCCCCGAUUGUGACUGAAGACCCCCCAGAGAAACAGGAGCGCAUGGUGGUCCACCUCUCUUUGGACAAUGAGUACACUGGAACAAAGAAAAAGGGAAUCCGGGGUUUCCGUAUUAUUCAGAAUACCCAUACCAUUGACACCUACUCCCGCAUGAUAUUCCCUGGAGCCUAUAUCAUCUUUAACCUCAUUUACUGGUGUGUGUACUGUUAAGCCUGUUCUGGAUCACAGUUAAAGGGUGUUUGGACCACCAACCAAUACUUAGGUGACUGUAUGAGAGCAGUAUUUACAAAUAAGAAAUGCAGCGUUUAUGAAAAGUGGUUUAUAUGGAGCACUUUAGAGAGUAUACAACAUGAGUUCUCCAAUGCCACAGUAUUAAGCACACAUUAUGGUUUAUUAUUACUGAAUUGGAAGCUUAUUCAUAAGCUAAUUGGAGCAAUUUAAUGUUGUAGUUGUUUUGUUUGUUUGUGUCAAGAGGGUUUGGUGUUGUACAGCUCACCUGCCCUGGUGUUAAAAGACUACCUGACAGCUGACAUUAUUGAAGGACUUUCCUCCAUCAGUACUGUAGUGCAUAGUAUUUUGCAUUUCUCAAGU